GAAACACAAACAAUAGAAAAACUACACCUUUUCAAUCCUCCCCCUACUGCUACUUUAUUUUCAUCAGGAUUCAAGAAUACAACACGAUGGAACUUCCAGAGGAUUACACCCGCCCUCGGGAUGAUCGAUACCAAAAUUACCAGCAGUCGACUCCAUACGAUUACCAGAACUAUCCUCAACAACAGAAUUACCCUCCUCCUGGGCCUAAUGGUCAAUACCAGAAUUACCCUCAGCAAUAUCCGCCACAACAGUAUCAGCAAUAUCCUCAGCAAUAUCAGAAACCGUCUUACCCCCUCAGACCAUGCGUCAUACCCCCGCUAAGAGUGUCAGAAAUCCCCAAUGGCCCCAGUUUCGUACGCACCCGUGUCCCCGAGCUGGAAGCAGUCGCGCGUCUCCCUCCAUCCGAACUGUUGGGAUUCAUUGAUGGGCUAAACCGUAUCUUGAAUCCCCCCGCCCCUGCUAAUAACGGAGGGUUCCGUGGGUUUGUGCAGAGUGCGGCCAUCCAGCUUGUGAACAGUAAGAUGGAUGUGGUUUCAAAUGGGAGGGUCCAGGAGUAUAUGGCGAGUGUGAAUGGGGACAUCUUUAUGCAGAGAGGUCUGAAGGCACACAUCUGCAGUACGGAAGAGCUGGUAUCCCGGUUGGGAAUGGGUGAAUACGGUCUCCCUAUGGGUACAAUGUCACCGUAUGAUGUUAUGGGAGCUUUCGGAGAUAGAGUGAUGGAAUUGUCGCCCGAGAGCGGGAAUAACACUGGUGCAUCAGACAAUUGGAUGGCAAAACUCGGGGCGAUAUCAUCGGGACGGAAGGACAAGAAGAUAAGGGAGGCAGAGGCUGAAAUGGAACAGAUUCAGUCUCAGAUGCAGGCCCUCUCAUAUCAGAUCCAAGAGAUCGGUAUGCGACAGCCUAAAGACUGGAAGAAAACAAAAAGGGAUCUGGAGAAAGAUUACAAGGAUCUGGAGAAGGAUCUAAGAGAUGCUGAGAAGAAGUACAGAGAAGAGAUGGAAAAGCAUGGGGAUAAGAGCAGUGGGCACACAGUAAACAGUCACUAUUGGAUUGUUAUUGUGCAAAUGGCUUAG